CACGACCGGACGUGCGAAAUGCCGUACGGUGAGGCCCGCAGGUGACGUACGUCAGAGCUUCGACGCACCGCACCCCUCUACUGCUCCGCCAACCACUACACGAUGAAGCAGCUGGUUUCCUGGCAAAGCGUUUUCGUUCUGCUGUCGCUCUCGGUCCUCGACUACGGGGACUGCCAGCUUUACCGGCGGCUUCGCCUGGUGCCACCCAUGAACGCGACCGCCCUGUGCCCCAACGUGGCCGCUGCCGGUGAGGACGGCUACACCAGGACCAUCUGGUUCUUUCCGAACGGUAGCCGCGUCGUCAACGGAGAGAGAACCACCGUCGACGAAUCUCGCGGAGUCCUCGACGUCAUCGAGCCCAAAAACGAGGACUUGGGUGUCUAUAUGUGCGUGUCGCUCAAAGGAUCGAAUACGGCCGAUGCAAAUGCUACCCUAGCGUUCCUGGAGAUCUACAGCGCCCAGCGGAGGACGUUGAUGGAAAGGCUGUGGAUCGGAGGCCUCGCCUCAUUGUGCGUGCUGGUCACAGUGGCGUUCGUGAGCCUCGUGAUAAAAUUCCAGUACCGAAAGCCGCCGGCCGACAAGCGUGGCGCAGCCACAUCUGUGAGGGAUGGAGUGGUGAACAAAAGGUUCGAGCACGAAGAGAUGUCGACUGUUUUCUAAAUGCUUCUCGGACUUCUUAGCUUAACUGACCAGGAUGACGUCGCAGUCAUGGUUGUAUGAUCACCACUGCCAGUGUGCUGGAUGUGUGACUUCCACGUGACAUUUUGUUUUUACUUAUCUACAUAUAAGCCAUAUGUGAGACACGUAAUACUCGUCCUGUCUCUUUUACUAAGACCUGAAUCAAUUUUAUAUUUCCAAGAACAAGGACAAAUAAUGAUGUCUUAUUACUCGUUGAAUUACUCGAUUCGUUUGCCUGUUUUAUAGUGUUUUAUUGUUUCUGUUUGCAGUCAACUAUCGUCGCUAGGCGUUCGUUAUUUUCAAUCUCACCAUAAAAACAGAAAUUACACUCCAAAAAGCGCCUGCUUGCUUCAUUUACGGUCCUUGUGAAACAUUGAAAAUAUGUGGUGGAAGGAAGAAGCGUAACAGGCGAUAAAUUCCUGGAUAUAAGAGCUUUAUUAGGAUUGCGUAUUUCCCAAGCGGGAAUGAUCAAUGAACAACAAUGCAGUCCAACAUAUUCAAUUCACUUAUAGCGCCGGAAUAUUUAUUUUUGCAACUUUUGGACGGCUACUAGCAUAAACUUCCAAUCCCUAUGGUACGCACUAUAUAACAAGACGUGAUUACGUCGAUCAUUCACUGAACAUCUCACGGCGUGCUUUCACUUUGGCCUAUUGAUGGCGCAAUAGCUUGCGCAGUUGGCCUUGCAACACAGAUUAUUGGCGCAGUCGCCGUCAGUGUUGCAACUCGGCAGAAUCUUCAACAAGGCGCAGAUGUGAUGCUUCUGUACUGAAGGUGGUAGGCAUAUCUUAUCUGCAACACAGACACAAAAAGCAUGACGUAAUGAAUCGUCGCGCAUGACACUGUAUCGGAAUGUUGCAAUAAAGACAUUUUCGACCCAUCGUCAAAUGACUUCAUUGUUGAGGAACUGUAGGUUCUUGGACGCUGUGGAGAAGGAACAAACUUUAUUUAGAGAAUUGAGCAGACGGUAAAAUCGUCUGAGGUGUGUCGCGAAAAUUUGGUUCAACAUGCAGUGAUCAUACCGUCAAGAGUUGAACAAACAUUCGUCUUGUCAGAUAGCCUGUAUUUUAAAUUAGAGUCUGCAGUCAAUGGGUAACAAACCAAAGACCAAGAGCGUUUAGAAACUUACUCUAGUUUAUUCCUAAAGAUGCAUGCAACACAACACUGACAUCAGUUGAAUUAUGCAGGAUACGACGUAAUGAGUACCACUGCAUCAGAUGCAUGGUCAUCCGUGUCCGGUUGAUAGUAUUAGGCAUCGCUCAUACCAACAGACUCAGGUAGCUGUCAAGUUCCUUUCUCUUUCAAAAUAGCAAAACUAUACGAGUCUGUGCACUUCAUUGGCAGUGAGCACGU